GAGAAAAAAAUGGUACGACAAAUGCGCUAACAGCAGGAAUGCAAUUUUGGAUGGAUACGAAUGCAUAUGCAAGUCGAACUGAGCAUUCACCAAUUAAAAAUGUCCAAUUAGGUUGUAUGGAUGUUGUCACAUCACAAGAGCAUAACAAUUUUGAGGAUACAAUUGAAGGAUUAAUUUUUAUUAAUAUAAAUGAAACGGAACAAUAUCCAAUUCGAUAUAUUAUCCAAUGGAAGCAAAGAACAUACGAUGGUAGUAUAACAGGAGAAAAUGGUUGGAUUACGGCAUCGAUUGAAUCAGAGCCAAUAAUUAAAGUUGAAGGUAUGAUACCGAUAAUGCAAUAUAGGUUUAUGGUAACUGCUGUUGGUCCUGGUGGACGUUUGGGUGGUCCAAUAAUGAGCAAUUGGGCGCAAACAUUAACAAUUGAUGAAAAAUUACAUGUACCAGUUGGACCAAUGAUGAUAACAACACAAUACAAUAAUGAGGAUGGUUUAUGCGCACUGAUAAAAUGGUACCAUUCACCAUAUCAACGUGAACCAUCAUCGGACAUUUCCGAUGAUAGGCGAGCAAUGUUUGGUAACUGUCAUUACAGUAUUACCAUACUUAAUGAAACUUCACGAGAAACUGUAUUAUUUACAUUGGAUAAUGGCAAUGGUAUUUUAUUAUCAAAUUUGCAAUUCUCAACUGAAUAUUCUGUAGCAAUUCGGUCGAUUUCAUCAGCAAUGACAGUAAAUUCAUUAUUGUUGCAUCAAAAGAAUAUGUCAACUGCAGGUGACACAAAUGGAAUACUAGAACAGAAAUUUUUAACACCAGCAUGUAACGAAGUAUUUGGUUCAGGAAGUCUUGAAUGUGCCCCUGAACCAGUUAAAAAUUUGGAAGCAAUGGUAAAUUCAAAUGGUUCAGUGAAUAUUAAAUGGAUACCAUCAAGUGAACCAAAUACUGUUUUAGUUUAUCAAUUACUUUAUCAAUCAUUAACAAAUCAUUAUGAUUGUGAUAAAGAUUCUUCUAGCAUUUAUAUUAAUGCGGGUUCAACAACUGCAACAAUACAAUUACAUGGUCGAACACAUUGCGAAUAUUCGAUCAAAUUAAUUAAUUAUGAUCUAAUUGGACGUGAAGCUAGUACCGAAAUAAUCAUUUGGUAUCGACCAGAUAUUCAUGUAUUUAAUUCCAAUCUAAUUUAUACUUAUCCUAUAUUAAUACUAAUGUCUAUUAUUAGUUUAUUAAAAUGUUGCAUAUGUUUAUGUUGUCCCACUACCACAAAUAAUCGUUCAAUCAUUUUAUCAGGUUGUAACAAAAAAGAUACUGUAACAAUUUUAUGA